AUGGGCUUUUCUAGUGUUCCAGUGGAAGAGAUCGAUAUCCCCUUGGUCGAUUUUCAAGAAAAACAACCCGACAUCGCCAGAUUUUCCGCCAGUGCUCUUAUUUUCUGCUAUUGCCCGCAAAUGCGUACCCUUUGCCUUCUUCUCUGUCUACGGGCUCCAGUAGGCAAAGACGAGAACGGCAAAGACAAACGGAACUCAUGGGCCUUCACCUGGGAGCCGCCUAGGGGAGCUUGUGAGAAAACCGAUCAAACUAUUUUGACCACUGCGAAACGAGAAACGAAAGAAGAAGUCAACCUACGUGGCCGGUGCGUUUCUCGCAAGGUCUAUAGGGAUAGCUAG